AUGUGUGACUUUGAGUGUCAGGGGAGAGAUGACAAAAGAAAUUACAAAGGCACACCUGUAAGCCUUAAUGAAAGUGUGACUGAUGGAAGAGAUUCAUAUGAUGGAAAGGAUGCAGGAAUCAAGCCCUUUGGAAACAGGCUUGGAUUUAAGUCUCACGAGAAACUGCAGAUACUUCAAACUGGCAGGAUAAUUUCUGAAUAUAAUAGAGUUGAGAGGUCUGUCAACAACAGUUUCUCAUUUUCACCACUUCAAAGAAUUCCUCCUUGUGUCCAAACCAGUGUUUCUAAUAUAUAUGGGAAUGAUUUUAUGAAUCCUUCAGUAGUAUUGCAAGACCUCAAAGCACACAGGGAAAAACCUUACAAAUGUGAUGAGUGUGGCAAGGCCUUUCGUGUAAAGUCAGUCCUUUUAAGUCAUCAGACAGUUCAUACUGGAGACAAACCUUACAAAUGUGAGGAGUGUGGCAAGGCCUUUACUCACAGCUCAAACCUCAGGAGACAUCAGAAAAUUCAUGCAGGACAGAAAUUUAAAUGUGAUACAUGUGACAAAGUCUUCAGCCGAAAUGAAAACCUUGCUGGUCAUCAGAGGGUUCAUACUGGAGAGAAACCUUACAAAUGUGAUGAGUGUGGCAAAGUCUUUUCUCACAGAUCAACCCUCAGGAGACAUCAGAGGGUUCAUACUGGAGAGAAACCUUACAAAUGUAAUGAGUGUGGCAAGCAGUAUAGUUACUCUUCACAGUUAAUAAGUCAUAAGAGACUUCAUACUGGAGAGAAACCUUACAAAUGUGAUGAGUGUGGCAAGGCCUUUCGUGUUAAAACCUUCCUUAUAAGUCAUCAGACAGUUCAUACUGGUGAGAAACCUUACAAAUGUGAUGAGUGUGGCGAGGCCUUUCGUCUAAAGUCAACCAUUUUUAGGCAUCAGACAGUUCAUACUGAAGAGAAACCUUACAAAUGUGAUGAGUGUGGCAAGGCCUUUACUCACAGCUCACACCUUGCUGGUCAUCAGAAGGUUCAUACUAGAGAGAAACAUUACAAAUGUGAUGAGUGUGGCAAAGCCUUUUGUGUAAAGUCAGUCCUUUUAAGGCAUCAGACAAUUCAUACUGGAGAGAAACCUUACAAAUGUGAUGAGUGUGGCAAGGCCUUUCGUCUUAAAACCUUCCUUAUAAGUCAUCAGACAGUUCAUACUGGUGAGAAACCCUACAAAUGUGAUGAGUGUGGCAAGACCUUUCGUCUAAAGUCAACCAUUUUUAGGCAUCAGACAGUUCAUACUGGAGAGAAACCUUACAAAUGCGAUGAGUGUGGCAAGACCUUUCAUGAUGAUUGCCUGUAUGAGGAUGUGCCUGUGAGUGAGGAGAAGGAAGGCAAAUGUGAGGAGGGUGCUUCACCUCGGCCUCCGCCCAAACCUCCGGAUGACAGUACAGAUUCAUUCACAGAGACAGAUAGAGAUGUGAGGUCGGGGGAGGAUUCAGAUUCUAUAGAGGCAAUGACCACUGCCUUUUGGAAGGUUUUAUUAAAUAGAAAACAAACUUCCAAGGCUGUUAACCCUUCUGCACCACCUUAUGCAUCCCUAUUUCCGGUAGCUGUCGACAAGGCUGAGGCACAGUUGACCUUCAAGGAUGUGUUCCUAGAUUUCACUCCUGAGGAGUGGGAAUGCCUGGACCCUGCCCAGAGGACCUUGUACAAGGAUGUGAUGGUGGAGACCCUCAGGAACCUGGUGUCUGUGGAUAUGUCUCAUAUAGAGAUGAUCAAGAAAUUACAGGCAAAAGCAGACAGUGGAAAAGGGGAAAUUUUUCAAAGAGUGAUGUUUGGAAGAGCUGAAAGCCUUGAAAGCAAAGAUUUUCACCUCAGGAAGAUCCAGGAAAAUAUAGAUGACUUUGAUUAUCUGGGGACAGAUGAUGAAAGAAAUGACAAAGGAUUGUCUACAUCCCAUAACAAAAACCUCACUGAUGGAAGAGAUCAUCAUAGUAGAAGUGAUGUAGAAAAUGGACCUUUUGAAAGGCAUGGAUCAAGCUUUCAGGAUGAAUUGCAGAUGAUGCAAUCUGAAGGGAUAAUUUUUGAAUGUAGUCAAGUUGUAACAAACGUCAGCGCCUUGGUUUAUCAUCUCAGAGAACUCGUAAUGUCUGCAAAGGCUUUUCCCAUAAAGAUGAAAAUGCUGUUAUGCAUCCUUCAGAACUGUUACCAGACCAUGAAACACAAAAUAAAAGACCUUACAAAUGUAAUGAAUGUGACAUAA